ACGGAGAGGACCACACAACAGAGAAAGUCGCGUCUGUUUCACCGACUAGACAAGUUCCUGCAGGAGGAGUGACUGGAUUGGAAUCAGUUGGUCUCAAGGUGGCAAAUAUGGAGUUUUUUUUUCUACUUGGAAGAAGCACAAACCUCAAGCUCACAUCUCUACUCUUCUUUUGCUGCUGCUUUGUGUGGAGGUCAGAAGCCGACUGUGGCAGGCCUCAGAGAGGACAAAACAGCGUGUUUACUGACCAAGCACACCUGAUGAAUAAAUUUCCAGAGGGCUCCAGCGUCACAUUGGAGUGUUCCAACGGCUACGAAAAGGAGACAGGCUCGGAAGUCAUAACUUGCCAGAAUGGCAACUGGACUCAAGUUGAGCUCAUCUGCAAAAAAAGAGACUGCGGUGUGCCUAAACCUCAACCGAACAUGAUAUUUGACACCACAGCCGGCACCCUCUUUGGCGACGUUGCGCAAGUCACGUGUGACAAAGGUUACGAAAUUAGCGGCUCCAGCUUCAGGCAGUGCUUCUCGCGGGGCUGGAUAGGAAGAUCCGAGUGUCACAUAAUAACGUGCAACCAGCCCGCAGAGGUGAGCAAUGGCAAAAAUUCAUGGGAUUCCCAAGACCUCCCAACGUACGGCCAAGUCAUCCUGUAUAACUGCGACGAAGGCUACACGCUCAUCGGGAACGGCUCCAUCCUGUGCAACGAAACGGGUCAAUACGAUUCUCCGCCUCCUGAAUGCAAAGUCCUUUCGGCAACGACCAUGACAUCAUCAGCAGCAGCUUACAGAGAUAAAAUUAUCAGGGGUGGUACAGAAGUCACCACGCGGCGAGAUGACACACACACAAUGACGAUGGCGGGAGAGGAGGGGACUGCAAAUAAUGUGACAUCAUCGCCUUCAUCUUUCUUCCAUGAAACCCAUGACGUGGUCACAGAUGCCAAAAAAGAUCUCGAUUAUUUACCUGUUAUACUCAGCGUGGCGUGCGGCACACUCGUCAUAUGCAUAGUGGCGCUCUGUCUGCAUCGGUGUCUUCUAAGGAGGAAAGGUUCAUAUGACACUCGAGAAGACAUGAAGUCCAACUUCUUACUCUUCCAAAACAUCUAGAAGGCCGACUGCAUUCCAAGCUGGAAGAAUGCCUAUCUGCUGAAUAGCAUCUGGGAAGUCAGGAAGGAUGUGCCAACACACUGGAGCAGUCCCUCUGAAGGGAAGAAAAGAAAGGAAAAAAAAAAAAGAAUUUGAAAAAUAAUAUUGCACUUCCACUGGCAGGCCAUUCUGUUUAGUCAAUGUGUCGCCAGUCCAAUAAUAGUGCACUGGUCAAGCACUUUUUUUCCCGUUUAUCACAAUGUUGUAAAUAUUCACUGCUACCGAUGUAUUUUUUUAAUGUAUUAUUUUUUUUUACAUUGAUAACUGGAAUAAAUGUACAGUAUGUUCUUAUGGGUCAAAUAUGCAGUUUGGCAAAGGCUCUUAGCGUGAGAAAACGGGUGUCGAUGAGGCCCUGCAACAAUGCGGUUCAGUUUGCUGGCUGCGACUGCGGUGGCGGCAGCUGAU